AUGAAUAUAAAUGACUAUCUUAAUGAUUUCAUUUGGGAUGCGGCGUUUUUUGUUGUUUUUUUUUCUUUUUCUUCUUUUCUUUUUUCUUCUUUUCUUUUUUCUUCUUUUCUUUUUUCUUCUUUUCCUUUUGUCUUCUUUUUUCUUCUUUUCUUUUUUCUAUUUUUGUCUUUUUUCUUCUUUUUUCUUUCCAUCUUUUCUUUUUCCUUUUCUUCUUCGUUUUUCUUUUUUCUUCUUUUUUACUUCUUUCUUUUUCUUUUCUUCUUUUUUGCUUCUUUUUUUUCUUUCUUCAUUUUUCUUUUUUUUUACUUUCCCUCUUUUCUUCUUUUUUCUUUUCUUCUUCCUUUUUUGCUUCUUUUUUCUUUUUUUUUUCUUUUUCUUCUUCAGAUAGACAGAGAUAUCGUAAAUACCGUAGCACGAAACCAAAGAUUUUUCUUCGGGCAAUUUUCAACCCGCACUUUGUAUCUAUAUUUCGUUCUUUCUCUUUUUUUUCUUUGUUCAUUGCAAAUAGGUUUUCUUUUUCAUUGCUUCUUUCUUUCUUUUUUACUUUCCCAAAUAAUCUUUGUUGGUUUCUUUUUUUUUUCUAUCUAUCUAUUCUAUAUAUAUAUAUCUUUUCUUCAAGCAAAAUUUUCUUACUUUUUUUUCUUUUUCUUCUCUUUUCUUUUUGACAAAUCUAAACUUUCUUUCUUUUUUUUUAUUUCUUUCUUUCUUCUUGUCGUUCUUUCUUGUUUUUGUUUUUUCUUCUUUGUUCUUUGUGAGCUCUACAUUAUUGUUUCUUCCUUUCUCUGUUUUCGUUCCCUUUCCCAUACACUCUUUCUUUCUUUCUUUCUUUCUUUUACUUGUUUCUUUUUUCUACACUUUUCUGCGUGUUCUACCUUUUCAUUUCUAUCCUUCUUUUCAAUUUCUGUCCUUCGACCUUCCUUAAACUUCCUUCUUUCUUUCUUUUAUCUUUCUUUCUUUCUUUCUUUUUUUCUACUUUUUUUGUUUCUUCCCUUCUUUGCAGUUUUUGUUUUCGUUCCAUUUCCCAUACAAAUUUUCUUCUUCUACCAUUUCCUUGUAUUUUUCUUCUACAUUUUCUUUGUCUUUCAUUUUUUUUCUAUAUUUUCUUUCUUCUUUUUUCGUUUUCUAGCGACUUCUACCUUUUCAUUACUUUUUCUUUUCAAUCUCUGUUUUCUUCCACCUUCGUUAAACUUGCACGCUUUUCUUCCUUUUCUUUUCUUCCUUCCUUCCUUUCAUUCUUCCUUCCUUUCAUUCUUUCUUUCGUUAUUUAUGUUACAUUUCCUUUCGGUUUUCCUUCUUUUUUUUUUCUUUUUCUCUCUCUCAUUUACGAAAAAUGAAGGAACAUUUUUUUCCUUCAAGUUUUUAUUUAAUUUUAUUCAAUUCUAUGCCUUGUUCCUUCUAAAUAUUCUUGGGUUCAUUUUCAUAUCCUUUUGUCUCUGCUGCUGCAAAAGCCUCUCGUGGCUUAUGCUGCACCCACCCCCACCUCGACCCAACACCUACCCUGCAGCUAGCUUCGCUCUUCAUUAG